AUGGAACUUACUGAAUCGUUGAAUGUUGAUCGCACAACAGUUUCCAAACGUUUAAAUGCACUCAGUAAUAAUCAAAAGCAAGGAAAUUGGGUGCCAACUACGAAUUUGAAACAGCAGCAGCAGCAGCAGCAGCAGCAGCAGCAGCAGCAGCAGCAAGCAGCAAAAAUAAAAUUAAAAAAAGAGGAGGCGGCAAGGCUCGUGCCCGCUGGUAUACCCAGCGCGGCAGGGGCAUGUCUGGCGGUCGAGGAGGCGACCGAGGUCAAGGAGGCUGGGCCCGAAGAGGCGCCGGGGUCCGAGGAGAUGGCUGGGCCCGAGGAAGCCGAGGAGGCGGCUGGGCCCGAGGAGGCCGAGGAGGCGGUUGGGCCCGAGGAGGCCGAGGAGGCGGUUGGGCCCGAGGAGGCCGAGGAGGCGGUUGGGCUCGAGGAGGCCGAGGAGGCGGAACCAGAAACAAGUUAA